UAACUCUAGUUUUCUCUUCACAGUGACAAAAGAAACCGUAUAAUAGUGCUCACUUUUCUGAAGUUAUAAGAGUGUGUGAGUGAGGGAGUUUGAGAAACAUGGCAAGCAUCAAGCCAAUUUAUGAAAAGAAGAAGGCAUGUGUGAUUGGUGGCACUGGAUUUGUGGCGUCUUUGCUGAUCAAGCAGUUGCUUGAAAAGGGUUAUGCUGUUAAUACCACUGUUAGAGACCCAGAUAAUCAUAAAAAGAUAUCUCACCUUCUGGCACUGCAAAGUUUGGGUGAACUAAAUAUAUUUGGAGGAGAGCUAACAGUUGAAAACGAUUUUGAUACCCCCAUAGCAGGCUCUGACCUUGUCUUCCAACUCGCUACACCUGUGAAUUUCGCUUCUGAAGAUCCUGAGAAUGACAUGAUCAAGCCUGCAAUCAAAGGUGUGUUGAAUGUGUUAAAAUCAUGUGCACGAGCGAAAGUUAAACGGGUCAUCUUAACAUCUUCAGCAGCUUCUGUGACUAUAAGUGAACUCAAAGGGACAGAUCUUGUUAUGGAUGAAAGCAACUGGACUGAUGUUGAGUUCUUGAGCAAUGCCAAGCCACCUACUUGGGGAUACCCUGCCUCUAAAACACUAGCUGAGAAGGCUGCAUGGAAAUUUGCUGAAGAAAAUCACAUUGAUCUCAUCACUGUGAUUCCUAGUCUGAUAACUGGUCCUUCUCUCACUCCAGACAUUCCAUCAAGUGUUGGCCUAGCCACCUCCCUUAUAACAGGCAAUGAUUUCCUCAUAAACGCGAUGAAAGGAAUGCAGCUUCUGUCAGGGUCAAUAUCUAUCACUCAUGUGGAGGAUGUUUGCCGAGCACAUAUAUUUGUGGCGGAGAAACAAUCAGCUUCUGGUCGAUACAUUUGCUGUGCUCACAAUACUAGUGUUCCUGAGCUUGCAAAGUUUCUCAACAAACGAUACCCUCAGUACAAAGUUUCAACAGAAUUCAAUGAUUUCCCUGCCAAGGCGAAGUUAAUAAUCUCUCCUGAGAAGCUUAUUAAAGAAGGGUUCAGUUUCAAAUAUGGGGUUGAAGAGAUUUUUGACCAAACUCUGGAGUACUUGAAGACAAAGGGGGCCCUGAAGAAUUAAAUUUUCAUCAUUUCUAUCUACCAAACUCUGCACUUGUUAUGCAGUUACAAUUCACUUUGUGAUGUUCAGUGUGAUGUAUUAUGCGAAUAAUUAUAAAUCAAGGACACUUGAUACUUGAUUCAUCA